ACUGAAUCCAAACUAAAGAAUCAGAGAGUCUGCAGUAAACAUUUUUAACUUGUAAGUGAUAUAGUUGAAAUCAACCUAAGUGGCCAAGUGUUAUAAUGAUAUUUACAUUAAAAGUAUUUUACACCAGUCUGAAUUGCCUCUAGGAAAACCUGCUGCUUUGGAAGAUGAAAAUCACCCGGAUUGGGUUCCAUCACAGAAAAUGGGGCACAAAUCUCAUAGGAAACAGGCUGAUGUUGAGAGGAAAGGAAGAUUUGAUAAACAGAGGAAAUUGAGCAUUGAACACGCAGAUAUUGAUGUCGAACUUAAUUCAGAGGCCCCAGACCAUGGUAGUAACUUCGAUACUGGGGUUGCAUCUCAGACGGACAUUACUAUGGAAGAAUUAACUUUAAAAUUCGACCAAUUGAGUUUUGCCUCAAAAACGAUAGAAAGACUUGAAAAAAAAUUGACACAUCGCCAUUUGGUCUCAGAGACGAUCCUAGUAAUGAUAUCAAAUGGAUUUACUAUACAGGUUUUUGGUAUACUUUUGUAGAAGGUAUAUUAUAUAAGAUUAUAGAAGAUGAUAUUCCCACAACAAGUAUUACUGCUCUCAGUUCUUUCAAUCUGUUAAUAUUAACUCUAAUUAAGUUAAGAUUAAAUUUACAUUUUCGAGA